CGUGGCUCCUCGUAGAACCAGGAAGUGAUCACCGUCACAUCAAAACAAAUCCACAUCGUUUCUCCGAAAAGCUGAAAUAACUCGACUUUUAAGUGAUCACCGCAUAUUGGAAUCAGCUCAACAUGGAGGACACACUCUUCCAGCUAAAGUUCACCUCCAAACAGCUGGAGAGGCUGGCCAAGAAGGCAGACAAGGAGGCGGAUAAAGAGCGAGCCAAAGUGAAGAAGGCGCUGCAGCAGAAGAACGUGGAGUGCGCUCGCGUCUACGCCGAGAACGCCAUCAGGAAAAAGAAUGAGGGUCUGAACUGGCUGCGCAUGGCGUCCCGGGUCGACGCCGUGGCCUCCAAAGUGCAGACGGCCGUCACCAUGAAGCAGGUCACCAAGAACAUGGGCCAGGUGACCAAGGCUCUGGACAAGGCGCUCAACUCCAUGGACCUGCAGAAGGUCUCUGCUGUCAUGGACAAGUUCGAAACACAAGUCCAGAAUCUGGACGUCCACACCUCAGUGAUGGAGGAUUCCAUGAGCUCGGCCAUGACGCUGACCACGCCUCAGGAGCAGGUGGAUGACCUGAUCCACCAGAUCGCCGAGGAGAGCGGGCUGGAGGUGAUGGACCAGCUGAGCCAGCUGCCGGCCGGAGCCACCUCGGUGGGGGCGGAGAGCGCCCGGUCCCAGGACAAGGAGGACCAGCUCAGCCGACGGUUGGCGGAGCUGCGAAACUGAAGCAGCGGUCGGUGUUGACAGACGGCCGCGCGGAAAUAGGAGAAGGAAUGAAAGGAAGAAAAAAAAAAGUCAGCAGAGGCGUUUUAACAGGCGCCGUGUGUGUUUUUAUUGAACUGUUCCUACCGGCAGGACUUAAUGAGCGUAUCGAUUACAAUCCCACCCCCACACACACCGCCCCCUCUCCCCCCUCGCUCUAUAAAUAAACACACACACACACACACACUCACAAAACAACUAUAAAUACCACCUGAGACGUCUCUCUCUCUGCGGUUCACCUUCCCGUUUCCAUCCCCUCGUCUUCCUCCUUAUUCCCCCGUCGGGUCUCACUUUCCCUCCCUUUUUCCCCUCCUCUCUCCCAAAUCUCCGGCUGCUGGAUGUAAAGAAUGUACAAAAACACAUUUUACAGAGCAGAUUGAAGAGUUCUAAGGAGUCGUUGCGGUGCAGGGUGCAAUUUAUUUUCACCUUUUUUUUUUUUUUUUCCAAUCAAAGAGUUUAAAGGACAUUUAACGGAAACACUGACCGAGGAACGUUAGCAGCACUAACAGAUUUCAAGUUUUCUUGCUCUUUGGGUUGUUUUCAUUUCUUUCAUGUUGUGUUGGGUUAUUUUCUUGAUUCGAACGCCUUAUUUGUGGGAUGCGGGUGCUUGCGUUAGGUGCUUCCUCCCGUCAGUGCCUGAAGGACGGGAGACGGUGGAGGCUUUCUGGGUCCUUGGCGUUUCCUCUGCAGCCCGAUCUGUCUCCUGCGGUUCACUUCCAGCCUGGUUUUGGAUAUUUUUGGAGGCGUAUCGCAGCCCGUCUCCGGGUUUUCUGUCCCCAAAGCCUAGCAGAGGUGGAAGUCACAGAUGGGUGGAGGUCACAGUCCAAGGAGGAGGAAACUGGACCUCCACUUGGGAGCGAGCGGCUGUUUCAUUUGUCUGCAGCACUUUUUUGUUGUUUUUGUAUAUUUAUCUCGUGAGAAUAAAAGGGUGCCCUCUGACGCCGUCCUUCCUCUGA